AAAAAGCUUACCCCAGAAUAAGGUUCUAUAGACUCCCCGUGGCCUGAAACGUGCUCCUAACACAAUUCUGGGAGGUGAAAAAUUGGAUUGGCACUUAAAAAAUUUUUCAAUUUUUUUUCCCCAUGCAUUCCUAUGGGAAAAAAUCAAAUUUUUUUUAGGAACGUCCUAGAGACUCGGGAGUUGGUUCAUUGCACUCAGAAAAAUCCUAGCUCCAAGCCCAACCCUAACCCUAGCUCCAACCCUAACCCUAACCCUAACCCUAGAUCCAACCCUAACCCUAACCCAAAGUAAACUUUUCAAAAAGCUUACCCCAGAAUAAGGUUCUAUAGACUCCCCGUGGCCUGAAACGUGCUCCUAACACAAUUCUGGAAGGUGAAAAAUUGGGUUGGCACUUAAAAAAUUUUUCAAUUUUUUUUCCCCAUGCAUUCCUAUGGGAAAAAAUCAAAUUUUUUUAGGAACGUCCUAGAGACUCGGGAGUUGGUUCAUUGCACUCAGAAAAAUCCUAGCUCCAAGCCCAACCCUAACCCUAGCUCCAACCCUAACCCUAACCCUAGCUCCAACCCUAACCCUAACCCAAAGUAAACUUUUCAAAAAGCUUACCCCAGAAUAAGGUUCUAUAGACUCCCCGUGGCCUGAAACGUGCUCCUAACACAAUUCUGGAAGGUGAAAAAUUGGGUUGGCACUUAGAAAAUUUUUCAAUUUUUUUUCCCCAUGCAUUCCUAUGGGAAAAAAUCAAUUUUUUUUUAGGAACGUCCUAGAGACUCGGGAGUUGGUUCAUUGCACUCAGAAAAAUCCUAGCUCCAAGCCCAACCCUAACCCUAGCUCCAACCCUAACCCUAACUCCAACCCUAACCCUAACCCUAACCCAUGCAUUCCUAUGGGAAAAAAUCAAAUUUUUUUAAGAACGUCCUAGAGACUCGGGAGUUGGUUCAUUGCACUCAGAAAAAUCCUAGCUCCAAGCCCAACCCUAACCCUAGCUCCAACACUAACCCUAACUCCAACCCUAACCCUAACCCUAACCCUAGCUCCAACCCUAACCCUAACCCUAACCCAUGCAUUCCUAUGGGAAAAAAUCAAAUUUUUUUAGGAACGUCCUAGAGACUCGGGAGUUGGUUCAUUGCACUCAGAAAAAUCCUAGCUCCAAGCCCAACCCUAACCCUAGCUCCAACACUAACCCUAACUCCAACCCUAACCCUAACCCUAACCCUAGCUCCAACCCCACACCUAACCCUAUCCCUAGCUCCAACCUUAACACUAGAAGGACCGGCUUUUUGCUGUUCUACCUAUAAAGACCAGAGGGCAGCCAAAUGGCUUGGAGGGCUUUUAGCUAGUACUAAAUCACCUCUGAACACUCAGUUUGUUAUGCAAACGAGGCUAUCGCUGGUGCACCACAGGAGGGGAUAUGCUAAGUUAUUUCAAGGAAACUUGUGUUGUGGGGAGAGUGAGUGGGGAGGGGGAGGGGAGUUUCCAACCUGAGAACAACUGUAGACAGAAACUGCUUCAGCCAUAGCCACUGCACAGACAGUUUGGGCCUCUGUUUGUUUUGUUUGGUUCUACUUCUCCUGAUGUUCCUGCACCUCAGCAGAUGCCCCAGCGGUCGGUCCACGGACAAAAACUGUUUGUACUUUAUAAUAAUGACAUUGUAAAUGUAUCUAAAUUGUUAAAUUGCAUACUGUUUGCAUAUGACACUACAUUUUUUAUACUCUGGUGAAGCUGUUGAGAGUAUGAAUGUGAGAAUGACCAUAACGACUCAGGUGAAUGCAACCAGUCCCAUUCACAGGAUCACUAUUUGAUUGACAAUUUAUCACAUUUUCUGGUUUGCUGGUGAGCAAACCUGGGAAACCCCCAGAUCAUGGCAACCAUGCCCCGAAAUCGCUUCAAAGACAUCAUGCGACACCUACGCUUUGAUGACAGGGACACCCGCAGUGAGCGCACAAAGACUGACAAGUUUGCUGCAAUUUCUGCUGUGUGGUCGUCAUUUGUCACCAACUGCAUCACAUCCUACAACCCUGGUCGACACAUCACCAUUGACGAACAGCUUUUCCCCUCAAAGACUCGCUGCUGUUUCCUGCAGUACAUUGCAACGAAACCUGACAAGUUUGGGAUCAAGUUUUGGGUGGCUUGUGACUUGAAAUCCAAGUACAUCUGCAAUGUCCUCCCAUAUCUUGGCAAGGACCCCAGUCGUCCCAGUGGGGAGAGACUGUCCGAGAAUGUAGUCAUGAGGCUGAUGGAACCAUUCCUGGACAAGGGCAGAAAUGUUGCCACGGACAAUUUCUUUACAUCACUGUCACUUGCGCAACAACUGCUUAGGCGGAAAACCACCAUCCUAGGCACAGUCAACAAGAUUCGCCAGGAAAUUCCACAGUCAUCUAGACAGAGGGACUGCAAUGAACUUUACAAUGCUACAAAGUGCAGCGUGGAUGUGAUGGACCAGAUGGUGCGGGAGUACACUGUCCGCACAGGAACAUGGCGCUGGCCAGUCGCUGUGUUCUAUAACAUGAUUGAUACGGCAGCAUUGGAUGCACAUGUGCUGUAUCAAGCAUGCACCGGGAGGAAGGAGAGACGGGUGGACUUCCUGGUGGAGCUUGCAAGAGAGUUGGCUAACUCUCAUGUGACUGCGAAGAAGGCAUGAAAGGAAGAAUUGCUUCGGCAACAACCUUCCACACCUAGCCCUGGGAAAAGAGCCAUGUGCCAGGUUAAAAAUCAGUGUAAGAACAAUCAUGCCACUGUGCGAUGUGUUGACUGCUACAGAUACACAUGUGGGAAAUGCAGAAGGGAGAUACCAUGGCAGUGCCAGGAUUGUGAGUGAGAGUCUAACACUGUAUCCUGAUGAUGCAUAUUCACCUGAAGUCCAUCACCAACCUUUUUAUACUUUAUAUAUGUCCUGCAUGCUCUUGUUAUUUUCUAUUCUUGUAUUUGACAUAUUAUUCUCCGUUUAAUGUUGCACCAUCACGCCGUAAAAAAUCCUAGCAUUGUACGUAGCCUUUCAUACUUUUAUUCUUUAUAUAUGUCCUGCAUGCUCUUAUUUUUUAUUCUUGUAUUUUACAUAUUAUACUCUGUUUAAUGUUGCACCAUCACGCCGUAAAAAAUUCCUAGUCUGUGAAACCUGUUCAUUGACAAUAGCAAUAAAACCCCUUGUGAUUCUGAUUCUGAUUCUUGUUCUUAUUCUAUACAGUUGUUUAAAUUUUGUUUAUUUUUAAUCAAUAAAUUUCAGCAACAAAGUAAACAACCCAUGUGUGUUGAUCCCUUCCUUUCUGUUGUCCCUUCCCACUGCAUACACCACUUAGUCCAGUCCCCUCCUGUGGUGCACCAACGAUCACCUUGUUUGCAUAACAAAAUGAGUGCUCACAGGUGAUUUAGGAUAUUAGCUAAAAUCCUUCCAGCCGAUCGGCUGCCCCGUGGACCUUGAGGGGGGUAAAGCCAAAUGGCUGCUCUGUGGUCCUUCUAGUGUUAAGCUGGAGUUGAACCAGCGAUGUUCACAUCACAUCGUUUCAUAUCAGGAACUUCUUACAGUCCUCUGCUCUACCAACUGAGCUAUGAAGGUGCUCAUAGACACAACCGCAGAAAACAUAGUGGCUGAGACGACACACUUUGCCAACACAACAAUUAAAGCUACAUGGUCAAUGAAAAACUUGAAAAGUGCAUCCACCAAUGAAAUAUGGUGCUUUGAGCUGGAGUUGAACCAGCGAUGUUCGUAUCACAGCAUUUCAUACAAGGAACUUCUUACAGUCCUCUGCUCUACCAACUGAGCUAUGAAGGUGCUUAUAGACAGAACCGCAGAAAACAUAGUGGCUGAGACGACACACUUUGCCAACACAACAAUUAAAGCUACAUGGUCAAUGAAAAAGCUUGAAAAAUGCAUCCACCAAUGAAAUCUGGUGCUUUGAGCUGGAGUUGAACCAGCGAUGUUCGCAUCACAGCGUUUCAUACGAGGAAAUUCUCACAGUGCAAUGCUCUACCAACUGAGCUACGAAGGUGCUUAUAGACACAACCGCAGAAAACAUAGUGGCUGAGACGACACACUUUGCCAACACAACUAUUCCAACCACAUGGUCAAUGAAAGCCCAGCCCUACCUUCAGAACAGAGCUUCACAGUUUGUACCCAACAGUCAUUGCCAAGUCCCCAGAACUGAUAAUCAGGACUUUUUAGCUGGGUGAAUAAAGAUUGAUGGUUGGAAAAUUAAGAAGUUAUGUUGUUUGUGUUUUUAUAUUUUGGAGGAGUUGACAGAUGAAGACAAGGCUUGGCUUAAUUUCAAUGUGAUCAGAAGUUGAACAUUGCACACACCAAUGAAAUGCAUGUGCUUGAAGCUGGAAUUGAACCGGCGACCUUAGCAUCACAUGAGGAACUUCUUACAGUCCUCUGCUCUACCAAGUAAGCUAUCAGGUGCUCUCCCUUCUCACAACUGCAGAAAACAUAGUGGCUGAGAUGACACACUUUGCCCACACAACUAUUCCAACCACAUGGUCAAUGAAAGCCCAGCCCUACCUGAAGAACAAAGCUUUGAAGUUUGUUAGCAAUAGUCAUUGCCUAGGACACAGAACCGAUAAUCUGAACUUUUAGGCUGGGCUUUUGAUUGACAUGGCCAAUGAAAAGCCCAGACCUACCUUCAGAACAGAGCUUCACAGUUUGUACCCAACAGUCAUUGCCAAGUCCCCAGAACUGAUAAUCAGGACUUUUAGGCUGGGUGAAUAAAAAAUUGAUGGUUGGAAAAUUAAGAAGUUAUCUUGUUUAUGUUUUUAUAUUUUGGAGGAGUUGACAAUUGAAGACAAGGCUUGGCUUAAUUUCAAUGUGAUUAGAAGUUGAACAUUGCGCACACCAAUGAAAUGCAUGUGCUUGGAGCUGGAAUUGAACCAGCAACCUUAGCAUCACAUGAGGAACUUCUUACAGUGCUCUGCUCUACCAAGUGAGCUAUCAGGUGCUCUCUACUGGCAACUGCAGAAAACAUAGUGGCUGAGACCACACACUUUGCCCACACAACUAUUCCAACCACAUGGUCAAUGAAAGCCCAGCCCUACCUGAAGAACAAAGCUUUGCAGUUUGUACCCAAGAGUCAUUGCCAAGGACCCAGAACUAAUAAUCAGAACUUUUAGGCUGGGCUUUUGAUUGACAUGGCCAAUGAAAAGCCCAGUCCUACCUUCAGAACGGAGCUUCACAGUUUGUACCCAGCAGUCAUUGCCAAGCACCCAGAACUGAUAAUCAGGACUUUUAGACUGGGUGAAUAAAAAAUUGAUGGUUAAAAAAUUAAGAAGUUAUCUUGUUUGUGUUUUUAUAUUUUGGAGGAGUUGACAGAUGAAGACAAGGCUUGGCUUAAUUUCAAUGUAAUAACAACUUGAACAUUGCGCACACCAAUGAAAUGCAUGUGGUUGGAGAUGGAAUUGAACCAGCAAGCUUAGCAUCACAGCAUUUCAUAUGAGGAACUUGUUACAGUCCUCUGCUCUACCAACUGAGCUAUCAGGUGCUCUCUACUCACAACUGCAGAAAACAUAGUGGCUGAGACCACACAGUUUGCCCACACAACUAUUCCAACCACAUGGUCAAUGAAAGCCCAGCCCUACCUGAAGAACAAAGCUUUGCAGUUUGUACGCAACAGUCAUUGCCAAGGACCCAGAACUGAUAAACAGGACUUUUAGGCUGGGUGAA